UCCUGGACUCAGCAGGGUUACUACUGAGCUCAGACAUUCCAAUGCAGUGAGGCAGCAGCAGGGAAAUCAUCACACUUCACACACACUCACACAACACACACAACACACACAGAUCCUCUCCUGCUGCUGCUGCUGCUCACUAGCUCCACCAGCCCCAGCAACAGCCAAGGCGAUCCCCUCUCCAACUGGAUCCAGAGUUGCAGGUUCCAGGCUGGAAGGAGAAGGAACAAAAAGCCCCUCAUCCCCUCAAGACAACAGGGACCCUCAUCCCCCGGAGGAGACACUAGGGAUCUUCCUGCUACUAGGAGGUAACUAACUAACUGGAAGUGGGAUGACUUCAGGAGCAAUUGCCUUUUACAGUACGUUUUCUACACACUUUAACAAGAGACAAGGCAAAGUACUAUGAAGGAAACGAUUCCCUGUAGGAAAAAAUAUACCUGAAUGUUGUUAUUUCAAACAAAUAUUCUAUAAGGGUUAAUAUUUUGUGACAGCGUACUCCUGAGUCAGUUUUUGAGAUUGUCAAUAAUACAGCUGUGUUAUAUGCUGUGUAUAGAGUUGUUUUUCUAGUGUUUUUGACAAAAACACAGAAAUAUCAGACAUUUGUGUGUCAGAAUGAUCUCUGGAAAAAAAUAGCAUUAUCUGCACUGAGCCUUUCUUGGUCCUGCUUGUCCACCAGAAGGGAAAUUGAGAUAAAGCACAAUAGAUGUCAGUUAUGAAAUCAUGAAGAAAUUAGAUGCACACAGCUCUUGAUUACAAAAAUGAAGAAAAGCACCUCUAGAGAGCACUGUUCAUUAUUUUUACUGUAACAUAUGAGAAAGAAAUGACUGAUCGUAAAAAGCCCUGGAAUAGAGGCACAUGUAUCCCUGCUUCUUUGGAAUUUCUUAACAUAAAUUAUGAUAUUUUGCAGAAGAGUUACAAGACCAACACUAUACAUAACCACUUAUAUAAAUCAUGUGAUACUUUUUCAAAGAAAGACAAAUGUUUAGAAACUGGAAUUCCUUCACUAGAAAGAGCCAUGUAUGCUGAAAUUAAAUUAAAAAUGGAUGGAUCUCAAGUUGAAUUGAAGCCAUUGGGAAGCCAGUCCUCAGUAAAUAAAAAUGAACCUGACAGUGCUGAUUUAAAUUAUGUUACAGAAAGAAACAAUAUCUCAAAAAGUCUGUGUACUUUGCACAACAGAUUUGUUUGGAAUGAUUGCCUCCAGCCAGAAAAGACUUAUAUUAAUUGCACCGAUGAUUCCACAGCCUGCACUUGUAACUUAAUGGAACUACCAGUUUCCUGUGGGGAUAAAACUGGACAACAGUUAUGUGAUGCCUAUGACACUUCAGUGGAUAACUGUUUGCAUUUAGAAACAGCAACCCAAAAACUCAGUGUGUCAUGUUCUGAUCACAGUUUCUCAAAUGUUAAUUUUCUCGGGAAAAUGCCUUCAAAGCCUAUUCUGAGCCAUUUUGAAAACUACAGUGAAAAUUGUGGAGAAGACUCAGAGGAAGAUUUUUCUCGAAGUAAGAAGGAACGCUCCACCUUAUUAAUCAGACGAUUUUGCAAGAAUGAUAAGAAAGUUAAGAAAUCAGUCUAUGCUGGGACAAGAGCAAUUGUCAGGACUUUACCAUCGGGUCAUAUAGGAACUGUUGCUUGGAACUCUGUUGAUUGGUGGAGAACCCGCAAUGAGUUAAGGCACUGCAGGUUUACAUCAGAACAGCUGAUAACAUUUCAGAUUUCAAGAAGCCAGGCAUUACGUUCUUACCUUCUGCAGUCUAUAUGGCAUGGGAUCUUCAAAUCAGCAAAAGGAGCAGACGAUUCUUUGGAAUAUUUUCCCCACCCAGUGAAGGAACCACGAACACCAUGCCACCAUACAGAUUGCUGGUGUAAAGGAGACAAUUUUAGCAUAAAAUCAUGUAUUCACAGAACUUCUGAACACCGUGCCACUUUACGCAGGACUUCUCUUUCAAAGUUUAUCAGUGGUGCUUUACUAGAAGCAACUACAUCGUUGGGGGCCAGAAGUGGUACAUUAAAUAUCUUAGGAGGAUCAACUGGAAAGAUCAUGCUAAAAGAACGACAACUGAGUUCAUCUAUGGCUGGAUCAAAUGCCCUUACAUCUACUGUAGCUGGUAUCAGCAAAGAGCUUGUAGAACUGCAGCAUCUCAUUCAGUUUCCAGAGGAGGUUGCUAGUAUUUUGACUGAGCAGGAGCAGGAUCUUUACAGAAGAGUGUUGCCUAUUGACUACCUCUGCUUCUUAACCAGAGAUUUGGGCAGUGCUGAUUGUCAGAACAAACUUUCAACUAUUAAAGCUUCGAUUUCUGCAACUCUUCUUUCUCCUCCAAAUGGGGAACAUAAUGCUGUUGAAGAUCUAGUGACAAGAUUCAAUGAGGUGAGUUCCUGGGUGACAUGGCUGAUUCUUACAGCAGGUUCUAUGGAGGAGAAAAGAGAAGUCUUCUCCUAUGUAGUUCAUGUGGCAAAAUGCUGCUGGAACAUGGGCAACUACAAUGCUGUCAUGGAGUUCUUGGCAGGGCUAAGAUCAAGAAAAGUUUUAAAAAUGUGGCAAUUCAUGGACCAGUCUGAUAUUGAAACGAUGCGAAGCUUGAAAGAUGCUAUGGCGCAACAUGAAUCAUCAUCGGAAUAUAGAAAAGUUGUUAACAGAGCUCUGAAUAUACCAGGCUGUAAAGUUGUUCCUUUCUGUGGUGUCUUUUUAAAAGAACUCUGUGAAGUUUUGGAUGGGGCUGCAAGCCUCAUCAGACUUUGUCCUCAGUAUAACUCUCAGGAUGAAACACUAGAGUUUGUUGCAGAAUACAGUGGGCAAGAUAACUAUUUACAACGGAUAGGUCACGAUGGCUUACAUAGUAUGGAAAAGGAAUCAGCAGCUAACUACAUAUUUCAGACCAUUCGGAGCUGUAAUCGUAGUUUGGAAUCUGAAGAUGGAGAAGAUAAUUUUAUUGAAGAUGAAGGUGGAAGUUCCAGAAGAAAUUCUUUGAAGGACAAAAACCGCUAUCUGCUUAUAACUGGAGAUCUAUCAGAUUCUGAAAUCGAUAUAUUUGAGCAGUCCAGAGAAUGGACUACACCAGCAGCUGAAGAGCAGCAGCAAGCAUUCAGCCAUGGGAUUGAACUCAUUCCCUGGUACGUGCUGUCAAUCAGAGCUGAUGUCCAUCAGUUCCUGCUGCAAGGUGCAACAGUCAUACAUUAUGACCAAGAGACACAUUUUUCAGCACGGUGUUUCCUUCAGCUUCAACCUGACAAUAGUACAUUGACAUGGAUGAAACCUACCACUGCUUGCUCUGCAAGUUCUAAAAUGAAACUAAGCAUGCUUGGUAGCACAGCUGAACUUGGGAAAUUUCAAUUUCUUGGCAAUACUGGAAUAAAUGGAUUGGUGGAGGGCUGCUUAGACCUGUUCUCAGCAAAGGCAGUGUACAUGGGGCAUUCUGGCAUUGAUAUGCAUUCUGUGUGCAUUCAGAAUAAACUUUGCAAUAUGUCUCCUGAAGAGAAUGGUAUUACACUAUUAUAUGGACUUCAAACUACUGAAAAUAAGUUGCUGCACUUUGUGGCUCCGAAAUAUACAGCCAAAAUGCUGUUUGAUGGACUGCUGGAAUUAAUUAGUGCUACAAGGAAGAUGAAGAAAUUCCCUGAUCAAAGACUGCAGUGGCUGCGAAAACAGUAUGUCAGCCUCUACCAGGAGGAUGGUCGAUAUGAAGGCCCAACCUUGGCUCAAGCUGUUGAAUUGUUUGGGGGGAGGCGCUGGAGUACGAGAAAUACAAGCCCAGGAAACCUGAUGAAAAGUGUGGAGAAACCAGGUGUGCAAAGAAACAACACUCUGGGAAUCAGCACAGCUAAGAAAAAGAAAAAAGUGCUCAUGAGAGGUGAAAGUGGAGAUGGCACCGACGAUGAGAUGGCUAUUCGAAAAGCAAGACCUUUUAAGGAAAAUCGGAGCAGAAGUGGUUCAGACCCUCAAGAUAUUGAUGAGCAAGAGGAAGCAGAACCAUCUCUUCUGGUUACUUUUUCGAGUACCAACACUCUGCCUUCCAGGAGAACACAGUCUCUGACUACCUCAGUGUCAUCUAAUGGAACAUCUGGUGUCUCUUCACCUGUCAGGCCAGUAUCUUCUCCUGUGAUGUCAUCAUCAAUAAAGGGUCAAUCUAGCACAUGGAGCAGCAGUAGCUGGCAUGGAAGAGUUAAAGGGGGAUUGAAGGGCUUCCAAACUUGCAUGGUUUCUGAUAGCAACAUGAGUUUUGUUGAAUUUGUCGAGCUCUUCAAAUCUUUCAGUGUUCGUAGCCGCAAAGAUUUGAAGGAUCUUUUUGAUGUUUAUGCUGUACCUUGCAACCGUUUGGGUUCUGAUUCUGCUCCUCUGUACACCUCUCUGAAGAUUGAUGAGAACAUGAAUGGACUUCAACCUGAUUUAGAUUUACUAACAAGGAAUAUAUCAGAUUUGGGCUUGUUCAUUAAAAACAGGCAGCAGCUAUCAGACAACCAGCGACAAAUAUCUGAUGCUAUUGCUGCUGCCAGCAUUGUAACAAAUGGCACUGGAGUAGAGAGUACAUCUCUGGGAAUAUUUGGAGUGGGCAUCCAACAACUCAAUGACUUCUUAGUAAACUGCCAAGGAGAACACUAUACAUACGAUGAACUCCUCAGUAUUAUUCAGAAAUUUGAGCCCAGCAUCAACAUGUGCCAGCAGGGACUAAUGUCAUUUGAAGGAUUUGCACGGUUUCUGAUGGAUAAAGAUAAUUUUGCAUCAAUGAACAACGAGUCACAAGAAAAUGUAGAUGACUUGCUAUUCCCACUUUCAUAUUAUUACAUCGAGUCCUCACACAAUACGUAUCUCACAGGACACCAGCUUAAAGGAGAAUCGUCAGUGGAACUUUACAGCCAGGUUCUGUUGCAAGGGUGUAGGAGUGUUGAACUAGACUGCUGGGAUGGUGAUGAUGGAAUGCCAGUAAUUUAUCAUGGGCAUACUCUUACUACUAAAAUUCCUUUUAAGGAAGUUGUUGAAGCUAUUGAUCGUAGUGCCUUUAUCACCUCAGACAUGCCAAUCAUCAUAUCUAUUGAGAACCACUGUUCCUUACCUCAGCAGCGGAAAAUGGCUGACAUUUUCAAGAAUACAUUUGGAGAUAAGCUUGUAACUAAGUUUUUAUUUGAGACUGACUUUUCUGAUGACCCAAUGCUGCCUUCUCCCCAUCAACUGAGAAGAAAAAUUCUGCUUAAAAAUAAAAAGCUCAAAGCACAUCAAACUCCAGUGGACAUAUUAAAACAGAAGGCUCAUCAGCUGGCGUAUAUGCAAGCUCAAGCAAGUAAUGGUAGUAACAUGGGGAACCUUUCCACUACAAACGAAGAAGAGGAGGAUGAAGAAGAUGAAUAUGACUAUGACUAUGAGUCUCUUUCUGAUGCUGAUGUCCUUAAUGCUUCUCCUGCUCCUAACAGCCAGGAAGAUAAUAUUCUGGAAGAUCGACCUGAGAAUAAGUUAACCAUUGAUAAGCUUCAGUUUGAAUACAGUGAAGAAACUGCCAAAAGAAUAAAGAAGACAGAUAGUACCAUAUACAAUAAUAAAGGAAAGGUUUAUGACAUGGAAUUAGGUGAAGAAUUUUAUCUAUCUCAAAAUAAAAAAGAAAGUAGACAAAUAGCACCUGAACUGUCAGAUCUCGUCAUCUACUGUCAAGCUGUGAAAUUCCCUGGCCUGUCAACUCUAAAUCCAUCUGGCUCUAGCAGAGGGAAGGAAAGAAAGAGCAGGAAGUCCAUUUUUGGCAACAAUCCUGGGAGGCUGAGCCCAGGGGAGCCAGCAAUGCUUGCCAAAGCAUCUGGAAAAGGUGCCUUUGACAGUGCACGGCAAAGUUGGGAAGAAGCUUGUUCUCCUGCUUUUAGCACCACAACUUCUCUCAGUUCUAUAAUAAGGACUCCUAGAUGUUACCAUAUCUCCUCUUUGAAUGAAAAUGCUGCCAAGCGCUUAUGCAGGCGAUAUUCUCAGAAGCUGAUACAGCAUACCACUUGCCAGCUGCUGAGAACAUACCCAGCUGCUACACGGAUUGACUCAUCCAAUCCUCAUCCCCUUCUCUUCUGGCUUCAUGGGGUACAGCUAGUGGCACUGAACUACCAAACUGAUGAUCUUCCCUUGCACCUGAAUGCAGCAAUGUUUGAAUCAAAUGGUGGCUGUGGAUACAUUCUGAAACCACCUGUCUUGUGGGACAAGAACUGCCCAAUGUAUCAACAUUUUUGUCCUUUAGAAAGAGAUCUGGACAAUAUGGAACCAGCUAUUUAUUCAUUAACAAUUGUGUCUGGGCAGAAUGUUUGUCCAAGCAACAGCACAGGAAGUCCAUGCAUUGAAGUGGAUGUGCUUGGCAUGCCUCUGGAUAGCUGCCAUUUCCGCACUAAACCCAUUCAUCGCAACACUCUCAAUCCCAUGUGGAAUGAACAGUUCCUCUUCCGGAUUCACUUUGAGGAUCUAGUAUUCCUUCGCUUUGCAGUUGUUGAAAACAACUCUUCAACUGUAAUGGCUCAAAGAAUUAUCUCACUGAAGGCUCUAAAGAGAGGGUACAGACAUCUCCAGUUACGAAGCCUGCACAAUGAAACACUUGAAAUUUCAAGCUUGUUCAUUAACAGCCGAAGAAUGGAAGAAAAUCCUUCUGGAAUUGCUGUACCUGCAUCUUUGCGGUUUAGCACGCCAGAGAAAAAAUCAGCUGUACUCUACAAAGCUACCAUCCAUGGAGUUCCAGGUCCAGAACCUUUUACACUUUUCACCAUUAGGCAAGGAACCACAGCAGCUCAGCUUCUGCAUCAAAUUUUGGCCACCACAAAAGGUAUUGGAAAGUAUCCCACAGAUUAUUUUUUGAUGGAGGAGAAAUGCUUUAUAUCUAAAGAAAGGAAUGAGUACAGGAAGCCGCCAUUCCAGAGAGUGCUCAGUCCUGAGGAGGAGCUUGUCCAGCUCUUGAACAGCUGGUUCCCAGAAGAAGGUUAUGUUGGAAGAAUCCUCUUUAAAACGCGUGAGGAAAGCUUGAACAGGAGAAAUCUCUUUCAGGAAGAGAAGGAUGAUACAGUUGCUAGCUCUGAUGAUGACAGCUUCUUUGUGCAAGUUCAUGAUGUUUCUCCAGAACAGCCACGAACGGUCAUCAAAGCUCCUCGCUUCAGCACAGCCCAGGAUGUCAUCCAGCAGACUUUAUGCAAGGCCAAAUACUCCUACAGUAUUCUGAACAAUCCCAACCCAAAUGAUUAUGUCCUCUUGGAAGAAGUGACAAAAGAUCCAGCAAGCAAAAAGUCCUCAACACCCAAAACAUCUCAGAGGAUUCUUUCCGAUCAAGAGUGUGUGUUUCAGGCUCAGAACAGGUGGAAGGGAGCUGGGAAAUUUAUCCUUAAACUUAAAGAACAGGUUCAGACAGGUCGAGAUGACAAAAGGAAAGGCAUUUCAUUUGCUAAUGAACUUAAGAAAUUAACUAAAUCAAGUAAGCAAUACAGAGGGUUUAUAACCUCACCUCUACAAUCAUCUUCAGAAGGUCUGUCAAGCAGAGAUGACAAGACAGUUUGCAGUCUGACUUUCAGUGACACUAUGGAGUAACCUGCAGAGUUUUACUUUCAGGGAGUUACAAGUUCAAGAAGAAUAGCCACACUGAAGUUAAAGAAGCUGAGAAAAUGGUGGAAAUGAAUCCAUUCCUUUGCCCUCUUCUUUGAGCUGUCUUUCAUUUGUAGCUGGAUCAUGUCUAAAUAAGAGACAGACUUUUCAGCAAUGGAGAAAAUUGUUCAUAGGGCACUGGCUGGCCCAGGUUGGACUUGGCUACCCAUAUAGGUGCAAUUCCAAAGCUGCUUGUGGUAGCAAGAGCCGGUUCUGUGAAUGUUCAAAGAAGUCAUGGGCUUGAGACUUUACAAAGAUGCCCUGGAAUAAUUUGUAAAUUAUCACUUCUGUGCUCACAUUCACUACCUUUCGGCAGGAGAACAAAGCAAGCACCUUAAAUUGUCCAUAAUAAACAGAAUUCUGCCUUUUUUAGAACAAAAGAUUUUAAUUAAGCAUCUUAAGGGAAAAUGAAGAUUGAGGAUGUUCUGAAGUGUGUUCCAUAAACAUGAUGCACUUUUAAAAGUUCCUUCUAAACACACAUGUGAUUCUAUGUAGAUGUAGGUACCUGUAGGUAACUCACAAAUUUGAAUAUGGUGAAUUUGCAUUCUUAAUAAUGUCAGUGUACAGUAGUCAGUAUGGAUAUUUUGACAGUGAUCGUAACUAGGAACAAGAUUUUGUCAUGCAGUGUAUCUGUUUUUCUGUUUAAAACAAUAUUAAUUAUUUAUUUAAAUAUUCCAAGGUAUGUGCCACUGUACAAUGUAUUUAUCAUGCCUUGCUUUAGAGAAUUCUAUAUAUCUUUAAAGAAAAGAAAAUCUACUUAUUUCUCAGUUUAGAGGAGAUGUGUUUAAUUUUUUUGAAAAGUAUAUUCAGGAAACACUUAUCUGUAUGCUUAAUAUCUCAACAUUAAGGGUGUUUUGAGAAAAUAAAUAGCCAGAGUUUUACUUCUAAGUUUGUAAUAAAAAAUCUCAAAGUAAUUAUCAAAGAGAAAGUCUACUUUGAAAAUAUUUUCACUUAUUACUGUAGUUGCCAGUCUUUUUUUUUUUAAAAGAAAAAUUCCUUUAAACUUAGAAAACUUAGAAAGCAUACUAGAUAAUUCAGUUUCAUUUUUUGGUAUAAAUCUUGCCAUUUCUGUUUACAUAGAAGUACUUGUAAAAAUCUGUAUAUGUUUGCAAAAUCGUGGGCUUUGGAUGUUUUUAUAAGGCUGAUAGCACUGGCUGUAACUUUUCUUCUUUUUGUUAAUAUACUGUUAAAAGCAAUUUAAUAUUAUCCAUAUAAAGCAUGUAAGAAUUAAUUGA